AGGGAGGGCCUCUGAAGAGGAGUCAAGAAGCCAGGAAGGAAGGCAGGGCUUUGCUUCCUUUGGAAACUACAGAUCCCAUCACCAUGCAGACCCUCCGCCUGCCCCCCAAGCUGUGCUGGGGACUCCUGAGGUGGGGCCCCCCACCAGGGUCCAGAGGGGUUCCAGUGUUGACGUUGCCGCAGCCUCUUGGAGUGAGACUUUAUGCGGCCCAAACCGCUGAGGCGGUGCUGGAAAAAUCGGGCGCCAAGACGGAUUCGGCUUCCCAAGCUGCGUCUCAAAAAGCCUCGCUCUCCACGGAGUCCAAGUCAUUCGCGGUGGGCGUGUUCAAAGGCCAGAUCAACACAGAGCAAGUUUUCCCUUAUCCUUCAGCUCUUACUGAAGAACAAGCCCAGACAUUGAGAGAACUGGUGGGUCCGGUUACUCGGUUCUUCGAGGAGGUAAACGAUCCAGCCAAGAACGAUGCCUUGGAAAAAGUGGAGGAGAAGACCAUGGAAGGCCUGAAGGAACUCGGAGCGUUCGGUUUGCAGAUCCCGGUUCAAUUAGGCGGCUUGGGGCUCAGCAACACACAGUAUGCCCGGCUGGUGGAGAUCGUGGGGAUGCACGACCUCGGGGUGGGCAUCACCCUCGGGGCCCACCAGUCUAUCGGCUUCAAGGGCAUCCUCCUCUACGGCAACCCAGCGCAGAAGGAGAAGUAUCUCCCCAAACUGGCCACAGGGGAGACCAUUGCCGCCUAUUGCCUGACGGAGCCUUCCAGCGGUUCAGAUGCGGCCUCCAUCCGUUCGACAGCAGAGCUCAGCCCCUGCGGCAAGUACUACACCUUGAACGGAAGCAAGAUCUGGAUCAGCAACGGCGGCAUUGCCGACAUCUUCACCGUUUUUGCGCGGACGCCGGUGAAGGACGAGACAACGGGCGAAGUGAAGGACAAGAUCACCGCCUUCAUUGUGGAGCGGUCCUUCGGAGGAGUCACAACCGGACCCCCAGAGAAGAAGAUGGGCAUCAAGGCCUCCAACACGGCGGAGGUCCACUUUGACGGGGUCCGCGUCCCGGCCGAGAACGUCUUGGGGGGCCCCGGUGCCGGGUUCAAGGUGGCCAUGAACAUCCUCAACAAUGGGCGCUUCGGGAUGGCCGCCGCCUUGGCUGGCACCAUGCGCGGGGUCAUCAGCAAAGCGGCGGAUUUUGCUGCAAACCGGACCCAGUUUGGGGAUAAAAUCCAUAACUUCGGAACGAUCCAGGAGAAGUUGGCGCGGAUGGCCAUGCUCCAGUACGUGACGGAGUCUAUGGCGUACAUGAUUAGCGCCAACAUGGACCAGGGAGCGACGGACUUCCAAACCGAGGCAGCCAUCAGCAAAAUCUUUGGUUCGGAGGCGGCCUGGACGGUCACUGACGAAUGCAUCCAGCUCAUGGGCGGAAUGGGCUUCAUGAAGGACACCGGCGUGGAGCGUGUCAUGCGCGACCUGCGCAUCUUCCGCAUCUUUGAAGGAACCAAUGACAUCCUGAGACUCUUCGUGGCCCUGAAUGGAUUCCAGAAUGCCGGGAACCAGCUCCGUGGGUUGCAGCGGGCCAUGAAGAACCCCAUUGGGAACGCCGGGAUGCUGGUCAGCGAAGUUGGGAAGCGAGUGCGCAGGAAAGCCGGCUUGGGAACCGGGAUUUCCCUCAAGGCCUUUGUCCACCCGAGCCUGAAUUCGAGUGCCGAACAGACAGUCCGUGCCAUCGAUCUCUUUGCCGGAGUCGUGGAGGAGCAGCUCAUUAAAUACGGCAAGAAGAUCAUUGAUGAACAGUUUGUGUUGAAACGCGUCGCCGACAGCGCCAUCGAUUUGUAUGCCAUGGUGGUGGUCCUCUCCAGAGCCUCCCGGUCUCUGGAGCGAGGGCAGCCUACCGCCCAGCAUGAGAAAGCGCUGUGUGACACCUGGUGCAUUGAGGCCUCUGACCGGGUCACCCGCAACCUGUCCUCCUUGCGCUCGAGCUCCACGCGGCAGCUCUUCAAGAACCUCCGGGGCAUCUCCAAGGCGGUGGUGGAGAGCGAGGGGAUCGUCACCCCCAACCCUCUGGGCAUUUGAGGGCCCCCCAUCGAACCCCAUGCGCUUCUCAGGCCGUCCGCAUGUGCACAUCGCCCUCCGUCAGAUAUCAAUAUCCAUCCAAUGGGAAGGAGUCGCUCACCGCCUCCAAAAAGGGAGACGACAUAUACCUCUUUGAGAUAGAAAUGCCUUAAUGCGCCCCUUAAGAAUGGGGAACCUAUGCAGACACAUUAGAAGCCAUAGUUGCCCUGAGCGCAAUGGAACGGAAGCCUUACGCACAUUUUUCCUUUUGGGUUUGGCUCCUUUUUUGUAGACGUUGAGCUCUCGGUUUGUCGUCUCUCAUCCUCUUCUCCCACAAUUGCAAUAAUCAUAAUAAUAAAUUUGGGGGAAUUGGAUCCCAGAACCCACCUGAUCGUUUUGUUUUCAUGUCCCAAUAAUCCAUGUUGAAUUCGGCUAUAAAAAUCCAAACAGUGUCUCGUUUUCAGGUUUUUUUCCAGUCCAAGUUGUUGUCAUCUCCUUACGAUUAUUAAAUACCUUUCACAAAUGG